AAACUACCUUUCAAAGAAAAUAUUAGGCCUGAUCAAUGUCAUCAUCAAUAUUCAAAAUAGAACUUAAAAACACCUUUUGUUCAGUUUUAUCAAGUAUCGCCAAUAUUUAAAAUCAAACUUACAUGACAACUUUUGUUCAAUUCUCUUCUAUCACAAGGUGUUAGGCCAUCGCGUCUGAAUUUACAUUUCCAGUUCAAGUUGAAUUCCGUGGAACAGAACAGGCGGCCCGCUGUUGUUGAAAUUGAGCUAAUCCAAACCCUAAAGUUCGGUUAAUCUCCACACCCAAGCAAGCAAAUUCAUCCAAUUGCUAAAACGAGCAGUUUGACUCUAACUUUCUUUCGGAAGUAAAAGUCUACUUCUUCUAUCCUAAAUCAUUUGUUGUCAAAAUGGUAGACGAGGAAAAUAAGGUGCCCGCCGCCGCCAGUAUAACAUCCAAAAAACGGCCCUUUGAUUCCUUAGUCAUAUCCAAUGAAAACGAUCCACUGCAAAUUCCUGAGAGACCAUUCCCCGUGACCAAGAAACGGGUUGUGUUGGGCGAGCUCAACAACUUGGGGAGCGUUGUUGGGUCGACUCAAAUUUCGGAUUUCACCGAAACCCGUGAGUCCAAACGCAAAAUCAUGUUGAGAAAAAAUACAACCGAAAAUGUUGUUAAAGAAACUGUCGAGCCCGAGACAAGUGCUAGUUCUAGUCCUAAAGAUGAUCUGCAGAAAUGUGGUUAUGGUCCUCUCAUUUAUCAGCAUCUUCACUCCUUGGAGGUUGAGGAAAGGAGGAGGCCUUUGUCUAACUACAUGGAGAAGGUUCAGAAUAAUUUGACUCCUCCUAUGCGUAUGAUUGUAGUUGAUUGGUUGGUGGAGGUUGCAGAAGAGUACAAGCUUGUUUCUGACACCCUUUAUCUCGCAGUGUCAUACAUCGACAGAUUUUUGUCUUUUCAUGUUUUAGCCACAGAUAUGCUUCAGCUUCUCAGUGUAUCUUGCAUGCUUGUUGCUUCAAAGUACGAAGAGAUCAGUCCACCCCAUGUUGAAGAUUUUUGUUACAUUACAGAUAAUUCAUACACUAGAGAAGAGGUCGUGAAUAUGGAGAAAGAUUUGCUCAAUUUUCUGAAUUUUGAGAUCAGCAAUCCCACCACAAAAACAUUUCUCAGAAUCUUUACCAAGGCUGCCCAAGAUAGUCUUUCUUUUCUAACUUUGCAGUUUGAGUUCUUGAGCUGUUACCUCGCGGAGCUGAGUUUGUUAGAUUAUAGUUGUGUGCGGUUCUUGCCAUCAAUGACUGCUGCUUCAGCUAUCUUUCUAUCAAGGUUCACAGUCUUGCCUAAUGUCCGACCAUGGAACUUGGCACUACAACAAUGUACAGGUUAUAAACCAUCUGAACUGAAGGAUUGUGUUCUCGUAAUCCAUGAGUUGCAAUCUGGUAGAAGUGAAGCAACUGGGCGGGCAUUAAGAGAAAAAUAUAUGAAUCACAAGUACAAGUGUGUGGCUGCAUUGCAUCCUCCAGAUAUUCCUGCUUGUUUUUUUGACGAUGCUUGAGCACAAUGCUCAAGCCAAAUUCCAGCUGCCUCGAAGAUAGUUCACAAAUCAAUAUACUGUACUGGGUUUUUCCUCUUAAGAGCGCCAGGUCUGCAUUUGAAUUUGACAAUUGCUGGCAACCGAUACAACUUCUGAUUGUUUUCCCUGCGAGGGAGUUCUGAAUUGCUUAGAUCCAGAAAAAACAAUGAUGUGAAAGUCUUUCUUCUGGACUGGCUCGGGAUAAGGAUGCAUAGAUUAUGUUCAACACGAUGCUUCAUACUCUGAUCUUUUCAAACAUGGAAAUGGAAAAUUGUGUAAAUCUUGUUUGUGAAAGUAAAGGUGGAUACUGUUCGUGGCUUGCUAUUUUCUUUUUCCUGUAUUUGGCCCUUUGCCCGCACACAUGCGAAUCUUAAUUUAGAAAUGAAUCCUUGAAUAGGACAUGCUAAAAUUGUUACUCCCUCCA